CAGCUUGCUGACGUCACUGCUAGGCGCGCUUCCAUCGACGAGCAGAGAAUUGGCGGCCUGUGGGCCCGGAUCUUCGUUAGUACCGGAGGGGGCCGUAGUCACCGGGAAGACGUAGGCCGCCGCCAUGGGCUUCUUGAAGUUAAUUGAGAUUGAAAAUUUUAAGUCCUACAAGGGUCGGCAGAUCAUAGGGCCCUUCCGCAGGUUCACCGCCAUCAUCGGCCCCAAUGGAUCCGGGAAAUCCAAUCUUAUGGACGCCAUCAGCUUUGUACUGGGGGAGAAGACGAGUAAUCUGAGAGUGAAGACUCUUCGUGACCUCAUCCAUGGCGCUCCUGUGGGGAAGCCUGCCGCCAACCGAGCGUUUGUGAGCAUGGUGUACGAGGAGGACAGUGGCAGCGAGAAGGUCUUCGCCAGGCACAUCAUUGGUGGCUCCUCUGAAUAUAGGAUCAACAGCAAAGUAGUUCAGCUGGCGGAGUACAGCGAUGAACUGGAGAAGCUCGGGAUCCUCAUUAAAGCCAGGAACUUCUUAGUGUUUCAGGGGGCAGUAGAGUCCAUCGCCAUGAAGAAUCCCAAGGAACGUACCGCUUUAUUCGAGGAGAUCAGCAGGUCAGGCGAGCUGGCGCAGGAGUACGACAAGCGCAAGAAGGAAAUGGUGAAAGCAGAGGAAGACACCCAGUUCAACUAUCACCGCAAGAAGAACAUUGCCGCUGAGAGAAAGGAAGCCAAACAAGAGAAGGAGGAGGCGGAACGAUAUCAACGGCUAAAGGAUGAGGUGGCACGAGCCCAGAUCCAAAUGCAACUCUUCAAGCUUUACCACAACGAGUCUGAGAUCGAAAAACUGAACAAGGAGCUGUCCACUAAAAACAAGGACAUUGACAAGGAUAAGAAACACAUGGACAAAGUUGAAGAAGAGCUAAAGGAAAAGAAAAAGGAGCUGGGCAAGAUGAUGCGGGAACAGCAAGCCAUAGAGAAGGAGAUCAAGGAGAAGGAUGCCGAAUUGAAUCAGAAGCGUCCACAGUAUAUCAAAGCCAAGGAGAACACGUCUCACAAGAUCAAGAAGUUGGAAGCCGCCAAGAAAUCCCUCCAAAAUGCCCAGAAACAAUAUAAGAAGCGCAAGGGAGAUAUGGAUGAGCUGGAGAAGGAGAUGCUGUCGGUGGAGAAGGCCAGGCAGGAGUUUGAAGAAAGGAUGGAGGAGGAAAGCCAGAGCCAAGGUCGGGAUCUUACUUUAGAAGAGAACCAGGUGAAAAAAUAUCACCGUCUAAAAGAAGAAGCCAGCAAAAGGGCAGCAACACUUGCGCAGGAGCUGGAGAAAUUCAACAGAGACCAGAAAGCUGAUCAGGAUCGCCUCGAUUUGGAGGAAAGGAAAAAAGUGGAGACUGAAGCGAAAAUCAAGCAGAAGCUGCGUGAAAUAGAAGAAAACCAGAAGAGAAUAGAAAAGCUGGAGGAAUAUAUCGCAACCAGCAAGCAGUCUUUAGAAGAACAGAAGAAUCUUGAAGAGACUUUAACUGAAGAAGUGGAAUCGGCUAAGAGAAGGAUUGAUGAAAUCAAUAAGGAGUUAAACCAAGUCAUGGAGCAGCUGGGUGAUGCCAGGAUUGAUCGUCAAGAAAGCAGCAGACAGCAGCGCAAAGCAGAGAUCAUGGAGAGCAUCAAGAGGCUAUAUCCUGGGUCUGUGUAUGGCCGCCUGAUUGACCUUUGCCAGCCAACCCAGAAGAAGUACCAGAUUGCAGUAACAAAGGUGCUGGGAAAGAACAUGGAUGCCAUUAUUGUCGACUCUGAAAAGACAGGAAGAGACUGUAUCCAGUAUAUCAAAGAGCAACGCGGGGAGCCUGAAACAUUCCUUCCUCUUGAUUAUCUUGAGGUAAAACCCACCGACGAGAAGCUGCGUGAGCUUAAAGGGGCCAAACUGGUUAUCGAUGUAAUCCGGUAUGAGCCGCCCCAUAUAAAGAAGGCCCUCCAGUAUGCUUGCGGUAAUGCGUUGGUUUGCGAUAAUGUGGAGGAUGCUCGUAGGAUAGCCUUUGGAGGACAUCAGAGACACAAAACCGUCGCUCUCGAUGGAACCUUAUUCCAGAAAUCUGGUGUCAUCUCCGGAGGAGCCAGCGACUUGAAAGCCAAGGCAAGAAGAUGGGAUGAAAAGGCAGUGGAUAAACUCAAGGAAAAGAAGGAACGAUUAACAGAGGAGCUGAAGGAGCAAAUGAAAGCCAAACGUAAGGAAGCUGAACUGAGGCAGGUCCAGUCCCAGGCGCAUGGUCUGCAGAUGAGGCUCAAAUAUUCCCAGAGCGACCUCGAGCAGACCAAAACUCGUCACUUGGCAAUGAAUAUGCAGGAAAAAUCCAAGCUGGAGAGCGAGCUGGCCAAUUUCAAUCCACGAAUCAAUGACAUAAAGCGGAUCAUUCAAAGCCGUGAUCGGGAGAUGAAGGAUCUGAAGGAGAAGAUGAAUUUGGUGGAAGACGAGGUGUUUGAAGAGUUCUGUCAGGAGAUCGGAGUGCGCAACAUCCGAGAGUUCGAAGAGGAGAAGGUCAAGAGACAGAAUGAGAUUGCCAAGAAGAGAUUAGAGUUUGAGAACCAGAAGACCCGUCUGGGUAUUCAACUGGACUACGAAAAGAAUCAACUGAAGGAGGACCAAGGGAAGGUGCAAACUUGGGAGCAGUCUGUGAAGAAAGAUGAAAAUGAAAUCGAGAAGAUGAAAAAGGAGGAGCAAAGACACAUGAAGAUCAUCGAUGAGACGAUGGCUCAGUUACAGGACCUCAAAAACCAACAUUUGGCUAAAAAGUCUGAAGUGAAUGACAAGAAUCAUCAAAUGGAAGAGAUCCGCAAGAAGCUAGGGGGCGCCAACAAGGAGAUGACACAUCUACAAAAAGAAGUCACUGCCAUUGAGACCAAGCUGGAGCAGAAACGCAGCGAUCGGCACAACUUGCUGCAGGCCUGCAAGAUGCAGGAUAUUAAACUACCCCUGUCUAAGGGCACAAUGGAAGACAUCAGCCAGGAAGAGCGCGGCUCCCAGGGAGAAGAAUCUGGCAGCGGCUCCCAGAGGACCUCUACUGUGUACGCUCGGGAAGCCUUAAUCGAGAUAGACUACAGUGAACUUUCUGAAGACCUCAAGGAUGCUGUGGCAGAUGAUGACAUUAAGCAAGAAAUGAGUGCUCUACAGCAGAAGCUGAAUGAGCAGCAGAGUAUUUUGCAGCGUAUCUCUGCCCCCAACAUGAAGGCAAUGGAGAAACUGGAGAGCGUCAGGGACAAGUUCCAGGAGACGUCUGAUGAGUUUGAAGCCGCUCGUAAGCGAGCUAAGAAGGCCAAGCAGGCAUUUGAGCAGACAAAGAAAGAACGAUUUGACCGGUUCAAUGGUUGCUUCGAGUCCAUAGCAACCAAUAUCGAUGAAAUCUACAAAGCCCUCUCCAGGAACAGUAGUGCCCAGGCUUUCUUGGGACCAGAAAACCCAGAGGAACCCUACCUGGAUGGCAUCAACUACAACUGUGUGGCCCCUGGGAAACGGUUCAGACCCAUGGACAACUUGUCUGGAGGAGAGAAAACUGUAGCAGCACUUGCCUUGCUCUUUGCAAUUCACAGUUACAAACCAUCCCCAUUCUUUGUACUGGAUGAAAUAGACGCUGCCUUGGAUAACACCAACAUAGGCAAGGUGGCCAACUACAUUAAGGAGCAAUCAAUGACCAACUUCCAGGCAAUUGUCAUCUCCCUUAAGGAGGAAUUCUACACCAAGGCCGAGAGCUUGGUUGGGGUAUAUCCAGAGCAAGGGGAUUGUGUGAUCAGCAAGGUCCUGACUUUCGACCUCACCAAGUACCUAGAUGCCAACCCAAAUCCAAACGAGCAGUAGAGCACGUCCAUGGUCUGGAUGUUUGGUUUUAUACUUCUUAAGCCGUCUUAUUUGGGAUGCAAUGUUUUAACUUAUGAUGACUUUACUUGGUAUUCUGUAUAUGGACUUGUGCGCGCCCUCCGCAAAGUUGCCCGACCUUUUGUAUUUCAAGUUUUACUUACAUCAUGGUGUAAUUAUCAAAAUCUUCUUAAACUUUUUUUUUUUUCCCCUCUCAGAAUUGUGAUAUUGCGUUUAGCGCUGAACCUUCCAAGUUUUUAGAUUAUUGCCUUUUACAGCUUUUAAUAUAAUGUCUCGGAUGCCUUUUUAUUAUUUUAGUGUCUUACAUGUUUUUGUGUCUGCAAUUAUGUCACAUUGUUUUGCAAUAAAGAAAUUAUGACUUUUCAGUGUC